CCCCCCCCAGACGGACCGCGCCGUGUCUGCCCUGCUCUGCCCAGCCCGCCGUAUCGCCGAGCGGCCUGCGAAGCACACAAGAUGUCGACCAGAACGCCAUUGCCCACCGUGAACGAGCGCGACACCGAGAACCACUCAUCAGUGGACGGCAUUGUUGAGCCUCCAGCUCCCCCAACCAAGUCUGCGAGUCGCCACAGCCUGCCGCGAUGUCGCAACUCUUUCACCACCACGGAGGAUCACCCUCAUAUUGGCAACUACCGCCUCCUCAAGACCAUCGGAAAGGGGAACUUUGCCAAAGUGAAGCUGGCCCGACACGUCCUGACUGGAAGAGAGGUGGCGGUGAAGAUAAUAGACAAAACCCAGCUGAAUCCCACUAGUCUACAGAAGCUCUUCAGGGAAGUCAGAAUAAUGAAGCUUCUGAAUCAUCCCAAUAUAGUGAAAUUGUUUGAAGUUAUUGAAACGGAUAAGACGCUUUAUUUAGUGAUGGAAUAUGCCAGCGGUGGAGAGGUAUUUGACUAUCUAGUGGCUCAUGGCAGAAUGAAGGAGAAGGAGGCGAGAGCCAAGUUCAGACAGAUUGUGUCUGCAGUGCAGUAUUGCCACCAGAGGAGGAUAGUGCACAGGGACCUGAAGGCAGAGAACUUAUUGUUAGACGCCGAUAUGAACAUCAAGAUAGCCGAUUUUGGCUUUAGCAAUGAGUUCACUGUGGGGAGCAAGCUGGACACUUUCUGUGGCUCCCCACCGUACGCCGCUCCUGAACUCUUCCAGGGAAAAAAGUAUGAUGGCCCUGAAGUAGACGUCUGGAGCCUUGGGGUUAUCCUCUACACACUGGUCAGCGGAUCACUGCCCUUCGAUGGACAGAACCUAAAGGAGCUGAGGGAACGAGUGCUGCGAGGAAAGUACCGCAUUCCUUUCUACAUGUCCACAGACUGUGAAAACCUGCUGAAGAAGCUUCUUGUGCUCAACCCCGUCAAACGAGGCAGUUUGGAGCAAAUCAUGAAAGACCACUGGAUGAAUGUGGGCCAUGACGAGGAUGAGCUCAAACCUUACAUCGAGCCUGAGGCGGACUUCAGUGAUACAUCCAGAAUAGAGCUCAUGGUGACGAUGGGCUUCCCCAAAGAUGAGAUCAACGAGUCUUUACAAGGCCAGAAGUAUGAUGACGUCAUGGCAACCUACCUGCUGCUUGGCCGCAAAGCUCCCGAGUUUGAGGGCAGCGAGCCUCUGACCAACAGCAUCCUGGCUCAGCGACAGCGGCCAACCAGCGACAUCAACAACAGCUCCAGCAUUUCUCCUGCCCAUCCCAAGGUCACGCGCAGCAUCUCGGCCAAUCAGAAGCAGCGCCGCUACAGUGAUCAUGGUGGGGAUGAUGAUGGUGGUGGUGGUGGUGGUGUCGUAGAGAAGCCAAUGGGUCCGUCUGUGCCGCCAGCGGUAUCGUACUCAAAGCGGGGUCAGGCCCUGAGUGUGGAAAGCGACCACAGGGAGGAGUGGGACGGGGCACGUCGGCUAGAGCUCAGUACUUCGAAAGGAGAUGUUCCCGCCUCACCGCUGGGGGUCCAAGAGAGGAAGAAAGUUCCGAGCGCUGUGGGGACCAAUGGCUCAAUGACCCGCAGAAACACGUAUGUGUGUGAGCGGUCAUCAACUGACCGCUAUCCAGCUAUCCCCAACGGCAAAGACAGCAGUUUAACUGAGGUGUCGGGGAGCACGCCAUCGACUGCAGUGAGCUCGACGCGGCCGCGCCACACCAAGUCCAUGUCAUCGUCAGGGCAUCCUUCAAAGAGCACACUGCCUCCCAUCGAUGACAACACCGAGCUUAAAGCCAGCUCCUCCCCGCGCGGCCCUUCCACCUCUCCCUCUGCACACAGUAUUAGCACCCCAGAGAAGAACCGCUUCCCGCGGGGAACCACCAGCCGCAGCACGUUUCACGGAGCCCAGCUCAGAGACCGCCGCAGUGCUACUUACAACGGUCCUCCAGCCUCGCCCACGUUGUCGCACGACACGGGGGCUCUCGCACAACAGCGCAGGGGAACCUCUACAGGGAUCAUCAGCAAGAUCACCUCAAAGUUUGUCCGCAGGGUGCCUAGCGAGGGAGAGGCCAGUGCGCGGACAGAAACACCCAGGAGCGCCUCUGGGGACCCCAAAGAGGAUGGCGGCCGAGACUCCAAGCCCCGCUCGCUGCGCUUCACCUGGAGCAUGAAGACCACCUCCUCCAUGGAGCCUGCCGACAUGAUGAGAGAGAUCAGGAAAGUCCUGGACGCCAACAGCUGCGACUACGAGCAGCGCGAGCGCUUCCUGCUCUUCUGCGUCCACGGCGACGCGCGCCAGGACAACCUGGUCCAGUGGGAGAUGGAGGUGUGCAAGCUGCCCCGCCUCUCUCUCAACGGCGUGCGCUUCAAGAGGAUAUCGGGCACGUCCAUCGCCUUCAAGAAUAUCGCCUGCAAAAUUGCCAACGAGCUCAAACUG